GACGACGACGACGACGGUUACCUUUCUGCAAAGUCAGUGGCUAGUGUAAUCAUCCUGCAGCCUGCCAAAACGCAAAAACCCAACAGUGUAAACGCAUACAAACAGUGAUUAAAACAUGUGUCCAACCAGGCAGUGAGUGCUUCGCUCCACGUACGAUCAAAGGCGCAUAAUUCAGACCGAACUGGAAAAGGCAGCAGUCCCCAGUCAGCAGUGCACCAAAUCCCUUGGACCGGUCCCAAGCAGGCACGGAGCCACAACUGCUGCAGCAGGGUAAAAUGAUAUUGAAAGAAAAAUACACGCCAUAGCCGGCCUCUGUGGCAACAGUUGAAGCACAUAGGACAUAGGAGCCCCAGCCCAGCAAGCAAGAGACAACCAGUCGGGACAGACCACUAAUGACGACGACGACGACGACGACUAGUAGGUACUUGCACGAUGCGAUGGCCCCGAUGAUGGAUCGAUUGUAUUAGUGUGCGGUUUUGCUGCAACCCCACCACCCACAAACGGAAAUAACUUACACACCCGGUUACUGGGUGUCUCGUAGAAAAGCCAAAGUGCGAAAAGUUGCAGCUUGUUGCUCCUGGGCAGAACUUUAAAGCCUGCCGAACCAGAACGCCGAACGAGACGAAUAGGGCAGUCUGUUAUUUACUGUGAGCAGCGCCCUACAAAUAAGUGAAAAUCAAUACGAUUAUACAGCUCAAACCAAGUAGAGAAGUGGAUGGGCAAAUCUGAGGAUAAUUAAACCGAAGCAGCGGCAGUCGCUCAGAUCAUCAGGGAGGAGAGAACCUGCGUGGCGUGUAAUUUGAUCCUGUAAAUCUCGUCAAGAUUAAAAUAAAAUCACAGCCAUAAAAAUGUACGGAUUUGUGAAUUAUGCGCUGGAGCUGCUAGUACUCAAAAACUUUGGAAUAGACAUAUGGGAACAAAUAAAGAAAAGGGCUCAGGUCAACAUGGAGGGACAGUUUCUUGUCCGCCAGAUCUACGAAGAUGACAUCACGUACAACCUGAUAGAGGCCGCGGUGGAUAUUUUAAAUAUCCCCGCCGGUGACAUCCUGGAGCUCUUCGGGAAGACCUUCUUUGAAUUCUGCCAAGACUCGGGAUACGACAAGAUCCUUCAGGUGCUCGGAGCAACGCCUCGGGAUUUCCUGCAAAAUUUGGACGCUUUGCACGACCAUCUCGGCACGCUGUAUCCCGGUAUGCGAGCCCCGUCCUUCCGGUGUACGGAAACGGACGGUCAACUGGUGCUGCACUACUACUCCGAGCGGCCCGGCCUGGAGCACAUAGUGAUAGGGAUUGUCAAGGCCGUCGCAUCGAAACUGCACGGAGUCGACGUGGAGAUCAAGAUCAUCCGCCGGAAGGGUGAUCCCAUUGAAGUGCCCCCCUCCAAGCCCGAGGACAAGCUGAAGUCACCUCCCGCUGCGCCUCCUCCAGCGGUGCCGGUUGUACCAAAACCAGUUCCUAUCAUCACUUCGGCCGACCCGGCCGUGCCAGAGCUGGCAAACCUAGGUCUAUGUAAACGAAUACUAAUGUCUAAAACGUACGGUGAAUCUUAUCUAUCGAAUAGACUGAAUAAUUUAGCAACCUCCAAAAGCUCGACCACGCUUGCACACCGAACCGACCCUACGUCUUGCAAUGGCAAUAAACCUAGCUUAAGUAGUAGUCAAAACGGAAGCAAUAGUAGACUGUUUUUCGAUGAUAGCCAAUCGACCACUAGUAGUAAUGACACCAAUAAUUGUGAUAGCAAUCAGCCCACGACGGCAAAGGUCCCGCAGAUGGUCGAACGGUCCGAUCACAUACAGUUUCUGAUCACCGAGAUCUCCGCUCCGAAGACGCCCACCCGGAGAAGCGAGGACAAGGAACAACAAGCCGACUACCAGCUGGUCGCAAAAGAACCAAUGAUCUCGCCGACGACCUUUUGCAAGGUUUUCCCCUUCCAUCUGAUGUUCAAUCGGGACCUGAUCGUCGUACAGGCCGGCAAAUCCGUUUCCCGGGUCAUACCCAAAAUCUCCGAGCAAAACUGCCCCCUGCUGACGAUCUUCGAAGCGAUCCGACCGCACCUGGAGCUAAGCUUCGGCAACAUCCUGGCACACAUCAACACAAUCUACGUGCUCAAGACCAAAGCGGGCGUGAUGGCUAUUAGUGAGAGAUACCUAAGACUGAAGGGUCAAAUGAUGUACAUCCCGGAAUCGGACCUGAUUCUGUUCCAAUGCUACCCAAGCGUAAUGAACCUGGACGAUCUGACCAAGAAAGGCCUUCACAUCUCGGACAUCCCGCUGCACGACGCCUCCCGGGACCUGGUGCUGCUGUCCGAAAAGUUCGAAGCCGAAUACAAACUGACCACGAACCUGGAAAUCCUUACCGACCGACUUCAGCAAACCUACCGGGACCUGGAAAGCGAAAAGCAGAAAACCGACCGGCUUCUGUAUUCAGUUCUUCCGAAAACCGUGGCCAACGAGCUGCGACAUCAGCGGCCGGUGGCCCCCAAGCGGUACGAAGGCGUCACGUUGAUGUUCUCCGGCAUCGUCGGCUUCGGGCAGUACUGUUCGGCCAAUACCGACGCCGACGGAGCGAUGAAGAUCGUCAAGAUGCUCAACGAGCUGUACACGUGCUUCGACGAGUUGACCGAUUCGAAGAGCAAUUCCAACAUCUACAAGGUGGAAACGGUGGGCGACAAGUAUAUGGCCGUCUCGGGACUGCCGGACGAGUGCGAGAAUCAUGCCAAGUGUAUAGCGCGACUUGCGUUGGACAUGAUGGAUAUGGCGCGGAACGUCAAGAUGGGAUCGGAAGCGGUGCAAAUCACCAUCGGAAUCCACUCGGGCGAGGUCGUCACAGGAGUCAUCGGCAACCGGAUGCCCCGGUACUGCCUAUUUGGCAACACGGUCAACCUGACGAGUCGCACGGAAACGACCGGCAUCCCCGGGCGGAUCAACAUCAGUGAAACGACAUACAAACUCCUCUGCGAGCCAGUCAACCAGGACCCCUCGUUCCACCUAGAAUACCGCGGACCCGUGGUAAUGAAAGGCAAACCGGAACCGAUGGACUGCUGGUUCGUCACCCGGGAGAUACUCAACAGCAAUGGGCAACCACCACCACCGGGAAGCACCCCACCACCCACUGGCUCCAAAAAGUAG